CGCCGUUUCCCGGGAGACGCAUUGUUACGUGUGGGAACGAGCCAAUAAGAACCACCGCCGCGGCAAAGGCGCCUCUCCUGUUGCCGGGCGGGCGGCGCGUUGGCUGCGGGGUCGCUUGUCCUUGCGGUGCCCUGUCUCCUGCCUCUGCCCCCUCCCUCCUCUCGCUCGCUGCUUGCGACAGAACCGCCACGAUGUCCAUCUUGAGGAUCCAUGCCCGUGAAAUUUUCGAUUCACGUGGCAACCCAACAGUGGAAGUAGAUCUAUGUACUGGAAAAGGAAUGUUCCGAGCUUCUGUUCCAAGCGGUGCCUCCACCGGUAUUUAUGAAGCACUGGAACUGAGAGAUGAGGACAAGACCCGGUUCUUGGGCAAAGGUGUUGUAAAAGCUGUUGAUAACAUCAAUUCAAUAAUUGCACCUGAACUCCUUAAGAAGAAUCUGAAUGUCUGUGAGCAAGAGAAGAUCGACAAGCUGAUGCUGGACAUGGACGGCAGUGAGAACAAAUCUAAGUUUGGUGCCAAUGCCAUUCUGGGCAUUUCACUGGCUGUGUGCAAGGCCGGUGCGGCGGAGAAACGCGUCCCCCUUUAUCGGCACAUUUCCCAUCUUGCCGGGAAUACACAGGUCAUCCUGCCUGUGCCGGCAUUUAAUGUGAUCAAUGGUGGAUCUCAUGCUGGGAAUAAAUUGGCCAUGCAAGAGUUCAUGAUCUUGCCAGUUGGUGCUGCCAACUUCAGGGAGGCAAUGCGCAUUGGUGCUGAGGUGUACCACAACCUGAAAAACGUCAUCAAGGGCAAGUACGGGCAAGAUGCCAUCAACGUUGGUGAUGAAGGUGGAUUUGCGCCAAACAUCCUGGAAAACAAAGAAGCUUUGGAACUGUUGAAGACAGCAAUUGACAAGGCUGGCUACUCGGACAAGGUUGUGAUCGGCAUGGAUAUAGCAGCGUCUGAGUUCUUUCGUGAUGGGAAGUACGACCUGGAUUUCAAAUCACCACCUAAUCCUGAAAGGAACGUUAGCCAUGAAAAACUCAUCGAACUUUACACAAAUUUCACGAAAAAUUACCCUGUUGUCUCCAUCGAGGAUCCUUUUGACCAGGAUGACUGGGAAGCCUGGAAGAAGUUUACGGCAAACACGAGCAUCCAAGUGGUUGGCGAUGACCUGACAGUGACAAACCCCAAACGCAUUGCCCGGGCAGUGCAGGAGAAGGCCUGCAAUUGUCUGCUGCUGAAGGUGAACCAGAUCGGGACCGUCACAGAGUCCAUCCAAGCUUGUAAGCUGGCCCAGAGCAACGGAUGGGGAGUGAUGGUGAGUCAUCGUUCCGGGGAGACCGAAGACACUUUCAUCGCAGACCUGGUUGUGGGGCUCUGCACCGGUCAGAUUAAAACCGGGGCACCUUGCCGAUCUGAGCGCUUGGCCAAGUACAACCAGCUGAUGAGAAUCGAGGAGGAACUUGGGCAGAAGGCUUGCUUUGCUGGCAGGAAUUUCCGGAACCCCCUUGGCAAAUAGACCAGGCGGUGUGUCAGCCCAGCGUUUCCAGUAGCUUUUACUUUCUUCUCCUGAGUGGUGGCAGAGUUGCUGUUUGUAUUUGCCCGGUCGGUGUGAUGGAGUGAUGAGUGUACCAGAUGAAAGAUAACGUGUCAGGAUGUGACGUCUGCUGCUUCCUCUGGAGGAUAAUAAAUGCAAGGC